CGUAAAGCCGGAGGUACGCGACCCAAGUGAACCGGGUCCGUCUGAGUCCCAGGUGAGGAACUUCUGUUGGUGUUUGGGGCCGCAGGAAUCGGAAGCCAUGGAUGACCCACACAUGCUUUGAGACCUCCUUCAGAUCUGGAGUUUCCUGGAAACCUACCAUAAAGUUGAACAAAUUGUAGAACAGACUUAUGGCUGGUGGUGGCAGACUCAACAUCAAAGUAUGCUUCGUGGUGUUCUGGGAAAGGCUUUUCGACUUGCUGGCUAUACCAUUCAGUAUGGCUGUAUAGCUCAUUGUGCUUUUGAAUACGUUGGUGGUGUUGUAAUGUGUUCUGGACCAUCAAUGGAACCCACAAUUCAAAAUUCAGAUAUUGUCUUUGCAGAAAAUCUUAGCCGACAUUUUUAUGGCAUCCAAAGAGGUGACAUUGUAAUUGCAAAAAGCCCAAGUGAUCCAAAAUCAAAUAUCUGUAAAAGAGUAAUUGGUUUGGAAGGAGACAAAAUCCUCAGCACUAGUCCAUCUGAUGUAUUUAAGAGUCGUAGUUAUGUGCCAACAGGUCAUGUUUGGUUAGAAGGUGAUAACUUACAGAAUUCUACCGAUUCCAGGUAUUACGGACCUAUACCAUAUGGACUAAUAAGAGGACGUAUCUUCUUUAAGAUACAUAUAAAAAACUGAAUUAAUUUGCUAAUCUGAAGUGGUCUUUGCUUGAAGACUUCAUCUUAUCUUCACAAAGUUUACAGCUAAUAAGGAGAAAGCAUCUGUGUCCUUGUAGUAAAGGAUCCCACGACGGAAGACACAGCUCAGCUCUGAGGAAGGAGCUCCACCAUCAGUGAGCACGUAUCACAGGAGAUGAGGUUUGCUUCUUGGGCUUCAUCCUUGUAGACAGUGUAUUUCCCACCACAUCGACAGCUCAGGGAGAAAGACUCAUCAUCUGCAAAGAAUAUAGAAAUAACACCUCAGAUGCUCACAGUCAUCUCCUCUGCCAAAACCUUUCAAAAUACAGGGCAUGUUCCAGAGAAACUGGGAAAAAAAAAUCAGGUACAGAGAAAAAUGUUUAAAAGGGAGCUGGAAAAAUUCUCAUUCAUAGAAAAACGUACCUAUGGAAGAGUCUCUUUCUCUGUAGUAGCAAUGGACUGGUGCUCUGACUCUGUAUUGAGUAUUCACGGGUGGGGACGGGGCGAAGUAUGCUCAGAGGAAUCGAUAUGAUUUACUUACAAUUUUCCGUUUUCUUAAGACUCCUGAAAUUUUAAUAUUCUUCUAAGCAGCGCAUUUAAGAGGCUAGUGAUGGUGGAAACUGGAGGCUUAGAUGCUACUGUCCUUUGAAACAAAAUCACUGAUCCCACUGCUGUUCUAGUUAUUCUCCCUCUGGUAGGUGUUGUUAUCUGAACUCACCAGGUUAUACUCUGUUUUCACUGAACUCAUAGCUUAGAGACAAAUGACAUCUCAGAAGGUAAAGGAUCCUGAAGUAGCUUCAGCUGAGUCUCAAAGUUAGCUACAUUUAAAGAUCACUAUGCAGGAGGGAGGAAACAAGAGGCUGACAUGAGAUUCAUUGCCUUGUAUUUGCUCUGUAUAAAAUACAGUCUUAAAUGGGACCUCAUAAAAUUGCAAAGCUUCUUUAAGGCAAAAGACACUGUCAACAAGACA